ACUUUGGAGCGUGAUUUGAACCUGUGACGCGUGAUUCGAGCAGCUGAGAGAACCGGAGUCUUUAUGGUAAAUAAUCAAUGAAUAAUAAAAAUCUAGAAGAAAUAUCUCAUGACCCUCUACUUGCUCCUGGCAAACGUAAAGGUGCCAAAAAGGCGAGGACCGUUAAAGACCUUUUUGAUGAUGUUGGACCAGAAUCAGCAUUUAAAGAUAAACGCGGACGUCCUUGGUUCAAAAAUCCACGAGCAUACGUGAAACAGAAAUUAGCAUCUAAAACUCAGAAGGAUGGUGCGGAUAAACAAUCGGACUCCAGUAGCAAUGAAAGUUCUGAACUCGAAGCCUCAGAAACUGAAUCAAGCACUUCAACCAGUGACGAAGAAAAAAUUAAUGUUUUCGAGGAUAUUGAAGACCUACAAGGUGCAGAUUGGUACGAAUUAACUAAAGAUUCAGUUCCUGCCACCCAGACAAGUCAUAGAUUGGCACUGCUUCAUUUCGAUUGGGAUAACGCGAAACCAGAAACAAUUUAUAUGGUCUUAGAAUCAUUUUUACCAGCCAGAGGGCAUAUCGAAAAAGUUACAAUCUAUCCAUCCGAGUUUGGUAUUAAACGUAUGGCUGAUGAAGCUAUUCAUGGACCACUUGAACUCCGUCCAAGUGAAUCAGAUACAGAAUGCAAUGAAAACAACAAUCUGACUGUAGAGAAUUCGACUAUGGCUCUAGAUGUCGAUGAAAAAUCUGGCUGGCGUAAUGCAUCAUCUAAACUCCGACGUCGUAUUCGCGAAUAUCAAUUAGCACGAUUGAAAUAUUUCUAUGCUAUUAUUGAAUUUGAUAGUGUUGAAACAGCGGAAGCAAUUUAUACGGCUUGUGAUGGCCUUGAAUAUGAAAGUUCCGGUUCCCGGCUAGAUUUGCGUUUUGUUGAUAAUGACCAACAAUUUGAAGUUCCUUCAGAAUAUGCUCAUCUUGUAAGUGAAUGUCGGGAAAUCAAUAAAACAAAAUACGCCCCAAUCCGUUUUGAAACAAGCGCCUUACACUCAACACGAAUCGGUAUAACUUGGGAUAAAACACCGGCUGAUCGAACAAAUUGGCUACGUGAUCAAUUUCGUCCAGAUAUUGAUCCUAAAACUACUUUAACAGAGAAUAGAGAUGAACUUUCCAAAUAUCUUGCUCUUUCUUCAAGUGGGGCUAGUACAGCGGCUAGCUCAGAUCCUGAAUCAGAACCACCUGCCCCCACUGUUCCUCGAAUUCAUCGUCAUAGGCCGAAAAAACUUCCACCAGCUGAAGUUCGUCUAGCACUUUUAGGAUUGUCAUCUACUGAUAAAGUUGAUAUGGAUGGGGAAUCAGUAAAUCAAGACGAAGAGGAAGAGGAAGAAAUCCUUGAUCUAGCCUCUCAUACUCCUAAUGAUGCUUCUGAAACUGAAGAAUAUGAUCUACGACCUGUUGAAAAGAAAAAGGACUCACAAGCAGUAACGCCUAUAUCACGUGGAAAAGUUCGUCGUAAGGUAUUACCAGAGGCGAGGGAUUCCGAUGAUAAUAAUGAUGAAGACAUAGAAAUGGAAGGAACUAACAACCCUCUUGAAUCCGAAGAUAAUUACAGUGAUAAUAACGAUAAAAAAGUUGUUAAAUCCCCUCAGAAGAAUGACAAUAAAAGAAAGAAAAAAAUCAAACAGGUAGGUUCUGUUCAAAACACCUAAAGUUCUUAAUAAUUUGUCCAGUUGUAAAUGAUUUUCUCACUGAUUAUUAAGACGAUGAUACACAUUGUAUUAUUCAGGUGACUGCACAGGAGAAUGAUCUGUGUUCAUGAAAAGCCUUUCAGUAAUGGUAGCCAGCUGCUUAUGUAUUUUACGUAAGUCUGCUACCCUUCGUGGAGCAUGGGCCGCUGAUCAGCAAUCUGACCUGGGCUCUUCUUUCCAAUUGUUUCCAAAUGCUAUUCAUUCUUUAGAUAUCUGCUUCUAAUUCCUGGCACAAUUUCUUCUUUGGUCUGCGUCUUUUCUUUUUGCCUUGAGCAUCCGAAGUUCGGGUUUGCCUCAUGAUUCAGUUUGAUGACUUCUACAAUGUACACCUCCAGCUAGAAGUUGGUUUGUUCUUUGCCAAAAUAGGUUUUUGAUGGUGGUAUCUGGCCAACGGAUUUGGAUUAACCAGUACACAACCUACAUUAUUAUUAAGUGAUCUGUUUCAAAAUGUAAUAUGGUCUUGCAUUGAAUAGAGAGGGUAGUGAGCAAUCAGACAUAUUUUGAAUUAGUCAUUCCAUCAGUCACAACGUAGAACGUGGUACGUAUGUACAUCGUUUCAAGUUGCUUUGCCUCAUUAGCACCGAGAGAUGAAAUUGUCAGGCCAAAUCUCAAUAGUAGAGGUAGUUACAGUAUCAGUGGCAGUAUAAGAGAUUAGGCAUCAAAGAUGCGAAUCGAAAAGAAAGUAUAAAUUACUGAAAUAAAAACACAAAAACUGUAUGGGAAAUUUAGAAUUUCAGAAUUUAGGGGAAGACAAAGAAUAGAUGCACCUGCACCAAUGCAAACGAUUUUGAGCCAUGUCAUUCAAAGUCUCUAACCAUUGGCCACGAUAAUCACACGGACCCCAACCAGGUGGUAGUCUACACCUAUUAACAUUACUCAGUCCAACUGUGAAUGACUGAUACCAUGUUUUGGUCUGACUGCCACUAGUUUCCAGCCAGUCUACUCCUACAUCAGAAAUGAUCUCCCAUCGAGGUAGUUGAUGUAUUCCUAAUCCGUGCAUAACUUACUCGAUGGUAAACGAUCAACCCCGGAAAAGUCAGAAUACUCAAUGAGUUUUUUUCAAAGUAUGGAAGCAAGACCUUCAAAUUUAUGGUCUAAACAACAAACAUAGUAAUGUACCAUACUUAUCUUACUCAGUUUUUCGUCAAUUCUUCAGAAGAUAUCACUUAGCAUAAUGUUAUUCUGGUCAACGGGAAGCUGAAUUCAACAAAUGAGAACGAUAUGUUAAUUAUAUGGUAGUUGUAUUCUCAUGCUGAACAGUCUUUACACACUGCCUAUCGUGUAUGUGCAUUUGUCAAUCAGUGAGGGUUUAGAUCUAUAUUCUUAAUGACAACGCUGUUUAGUAAAGCUGUAUAAAACUCCAGUUAAUCCAUAGCAAUUCCUUGAUUUCACAUCAUAAUGAUGAUGCAACUUACUAGCUUCUCACUAAUCCAACAUUAUGUAGGUGAAAUAUGGUCAUACAACCAACCAAGUUGUGUAGAAUGAGAGAUAUGGUCAAAAACAUGAUAUCCUGUAGCAGGUUAUCCGCGGUUCUGCUUUAAACAUGGCACAUAGAUUCAAUAAACACCGCCUCAAAUUUGAUUGUUUAAUUUCAUUUAUUUCAUGACCGUCAGUCAGUAUAGUGUAUUCCUACCGUCUUUUGGUUUCAUGUAUUAUUUAUUUUUAGCGUACAAAAAUCUUAGAGAAAAAACGAAAAGUUCAAGCAAGAUUAGAACGUGAAUCGAAACUGUGGUUUGGAGAAAACAAUAACCCUGAUGAAUUAUGUGAUGAUGAUCGCUUUGAUGAAUUUCUAAGAAAUCCUGCAUUUGAUAUUAGUCAAACACAUCCAGAUUACAAGGAAGCAAGUGAUUUCUUACGUUAUAUAAAAAUGCGUCAAUCGAAAAUUGUAUGAGAUAUUGUAAAUAGUAUUAAUAAACUAUUCAUUAUCUAUUUAUGUAUAUACAUUCAUAUAUAUAGUUGUACAGUGUAUUUUUCUUUCAAAUAAUUCCUUGCCUAUUUCUGUCUGUUGUCAAUUCAGCAGUGAUAAUUUGUACAAUAUAAGAGAUUUAUACCGGUUA